AUGGACAUUGCCUGUCGAGCUUGUAGGCCUUGUCGUCUGGGUAGACUCUUGUCACGCAGCCUCCGCCCGGCCACCGGCUUCAUCCCUAAGACUGGUUCGCGGUUCAGCAACCGGUCCUUGCACACUGAGACACCAGCAGUCCAUGACUCCUCCCUAGAGCCGCCUUCCUACUUGGAAUCACGACAAGACCGUACUGGCUCAGUUCCUUCUAGAGGAGAACCUCGAGGCUUUGUUGCGGCGAUAAGGCGGGAUGCAGGCCAACUGCCUGUUUCCUGUCCAGGAUGUGGCGCCCUGACUCAGGAUGUUGCACCUGGCGAAGCGGGAUAUUAUACACGGACGAGAAACACGGUGAAGAAGUACCUCAAAGCGGUCGAGAACGCGUCCCGUCGAGCGAGCAGGGAAGAUAGUCCCGAGGAAGGAUAUGUCUGGGAAAAUGAACAAUCUGCGGACAAAGAUGGUGAACACACUCAGCUCGAUCUUUCCGAGCCGGAGGCGUCGAUUUCUCCUCCGGUCUGUGAUCGCUGUCAUCAUCUGAUCCACGACUCUCGCGGGGUGCCCAUUGCCCAUCCCUCGAUCGAAGACAUUGCAGAUUCGAUUGCCGAGUCGCCCUUUUCGAAGAACCACGUCUACCACGUCCUAGAUGCCGCAGAUUUCCCCAUGUCUCUGAUACCGUCGAUCUACAAGAGCUUAUCCUUGGCCAAACCGAGAAGUCAGAACCGUCGUUCCCAGCACUCCUUUUCGUCGAAGCCCUCGCUUUCAUUUAUAAUCACCCGGUCAGAUCUGCUCGCGCCCAACAAAGAGAUGGUGGACAAAAUGAUGCCCAAACUACUCGCGCUUCUCAGAAGCUCGUUGGGCCGGAAGAAUCAGAAGAUGCGGCUCGGGAACGUCCACUUAGUUUCGUCGAAGAGAGGAUGGUGGACAAAGGACAUCAAGGAUAGCAUUUGGCAGCGUGGAGGGGGCAACUGGCUGGUCGGGAAGUUCAAUGUCGGAAAAUCGAGUCUUUUUGAAGUGUUGUUUCCCAAGGGCUCCGGCGAGAGGGCUCCAGUUUACGCAGAACUACUGCAGCAGCAGCAAGAAGAACAGAUCGAGUCUCCCGCCCUCUCUAAAACCAGCGACUUUCUGCGUGAAAACAGUCUGCUUCCUCCCCCUCGACCCGAGGUUCCAUUUCCAGCCAUGCCGCUGGUGUCGAGUCUACCUGGGACGACUGCAUCCCCCAUCAGGUUGCCAUUCGGCAAUAACAGAGGCGAGCUGAUCGACCUACCGGGUUUGGAACGAGGCGGACUAGACCGUUUUGUCCGUGAACAUGAUAGACUCGACCUUGUCAUGGAGCACCGUCCGACAGUGACACAACACAACAUAAAGCCUGGUCAAUCUCUACUCCUUGGGGGUGGGCUUGUCCGGAUAACCCCAAUCUUGGAUGAGAACGACCCAAGCACGAUAAUGAUGGCUUAUCCGUUCGUGCCACUGAAGGCUCAUGUCACUUCCACGGAAAAAGCCAUCAGUGCACAAGAACAACAGCAUGAAACUAGCCUUGCUUCUAUCCUCUCCGAAGGCGCAGGAGAGUCAAUGGCUUCGGCUGGCAAGUUCUACCUCAAGACGGAUGUCACAAAAUCACGAGCAGGCUCCGUGGUCAGGGCGGGAGUCGCUGCUUCGAAGUUGCCUUUCCACGUGUAUGCCACGGACAUCCUUAUCGAAGGCGUUGGCUGGGUCGAGCUCGUCUGCCAGGUCAGGAAACGGCGGGGAUCAUCUGAGGCUGACAAGGCUGAGACAGCAAGUACUGUGGAUCAAGAUUCGUCGGCUGCGCCUGUGCCUAAAGCCGAGAGCGUCUCAAUUGAGACUACUGGAUUUGUUCCCUUUGGCACCUCUGCUGCUACAGCUGAGGCCGAAAACUUGAAUUUUCCACAAGUGGAAGUCUUUACGCCAAUGGGCAAGUUUAUUGGUCAGAGACCUUGCUUGGAUGUGUGGCAAACGUGGAAUAAUGGGAAACCUCGAUCGCAGAUGCGAACUGCUCGCCCACGUAAGCCGAUGAGUGGAGUAAGGAAGCGCGAAAAGAUUCUACAUAAGGCGGUAUCUCAGGACUAA